AUGGCAGAGGAGCAAGGACGAGGGCCGCCUUCCAUACACAGAGAAGACCCAUCAGUUCAUCAGCGAGAAGAAGAAGCUCGUCACCGGCUCCCUCCAGUGGGAGCCCCCGAAGACCCCAGAUACCCCGACGACAGACACCAGAGACCAAACAUGGCCGCACCUGUUACCCUCCCAUCUAUCCAAGACCCUCACGGCGCAUAUGGGCAGCCUGCCUAUCCGAGGCCGUACCCGCCGCAUCCUGAUCCGAGAGGUGAUCCACGCGCCGACCCGCGUGCCAGCAGUUACAAUGCCUCGCCUAAUUCCGUGAACGGCUACCCUCCACCGCAACCGGGCGCUCAUCCGCCCCAACUGCCGCCUCUGCAACCCCCAGGAGACCCAAGAUCUCCUACUUACCCUCCCCCGCCUGAUGCGAGGGACGACUAUUACAGGAGAAGCCAGCCGCCUCCGCCGCAGUACGGCGACCCUUACUACCAAGAAUAUCACAGUCGCCAAGGACCCCCACCUCCGGGUCGUUAUCCUGAGUAUCCUCAGCAAGGUCCGGGUGCUCCGAGGUAUGACUAUCCCCCUGGCGCGCCGAGGUACGAUUACGGUCAAGGAGCACCUCCUUUGCAGCAAGCGGCACCAAGACAGCGGACUUCCAUCGCUUGCAGGUACUGCCGUAAGAGAAAAAUUCGAUGCAGCGGCUACCAAAGUGCACCUGGUGGCAAAUGUGUGAACUGCAGCAGGAUGAACCAGGAAUGUAUAUUCCAACCUGUGUCCUCGUCCAGCUCGACAGCUUUUGUGCCGGUGUCUGCUGUCCCCGGUGGCGUUCCGCCCGGCACACCGCUCUAUGGGGCCUACGGUCAACCUUUGCCUCCGGGCUCGUUGCCUCCGCCACCUUCGCAGGGCUACCCGCCCCAGCCUGGCAAUGGGUACUACCAACAGCCUCUCCCUUCACCAACAGGUGGCUACUCGCCAUACGAUGCGCAGCGUACCGGGAGGCGGCGUCCACGAGAUGAUGAGGGCGACGAGCUUCGACCUCCGCCACCUGACCCUAGCUCCGCAGACGAUCCCCGCCGGCGAUCUCCGGCCUCGAGCUCUAACCACAGCAGUCCGGGCUACAUGAACUAUCAGCCCGCUGGACCUGGCGCUUUCGAUCCAAGAGCACCUCCCGCCAGGCACAGUCCCGGGCAACCAUCCUCGAUACCUCCUCCAGUGACUGGGGACGAGCGCGCUGCUGCCGCAACCCAGCGCCAGAGCAAUUCGUCGACUCCCGCUGCUUCCUCGAGCUCGGUGAUGAGUCUGAAUAACUUGGUGGACACGACACCCAAUGACAUUGAUAGGAACAUGCUGGGCAGGUUGAAUCGGGGACCGGCCCCCAGGAAGUAA